AUGCCUUCGAACCACAAGCAGACCCCAGUCCGCCUUUACGUCAAGGAUGGCAAGGACCUCCACUUCAUCACGAACGUCAACCGCCGCAUCGCAAACUACCUCUCGCCAGCCAUUCGAGAGCAACUCAAGGCUGGCGGAGGACCUGUGACAAGGAUGGAGUGGUCUUCGAGGCUCCCUUCGUCAAUCCAACUCACUCUCGAGCACGUUGGCUCUGACAACUUCAGCCAACUUCUUCACGUCUACCUUGCUGGGUACCAUCUCGGCAUCGCUCGCUCCAUUCGCGGUGAUGUUCUCUACAACAUCAUCACCAACCACGUUUCCUCGGCACAGCUGAGUGCUAACGAGUUCAAGCUCGUGCACCAGCUGACUGGGUUCUCUCCGAGCGUCUUCACGAAGUUGCUUCACCACUACGUUGCGACGAAGAUUAGCGGCACCCCAUUCCCGCAGCACGAACAGAUCGAGCAGUACUGCGAUGAGGCUGGCCUUCGCCGUCGCCUGAACGGUAUCGAGCGACACAUCCUAAAGGGCAACUAG